GACAAAAUAAUAUGUCUAAUGAUAAUUUCCAUAUGAUUAGAUAUCGAUAUUAAAAUUUUUUUCUUUUAAGUUGUGUGAAAUAAAAUUUUAAGUUUUCAUUAAUUGUUUAAUUUCAUCAAAAUGGCUCUCUUUCUCAGAAGCGUACAAGGCACUAGUAGGCUGUGUUUAGCUAGAAAACAAAUGUUCAUUAACACUGCAACCAUAAGUCGCACAAUAACGAUGCAAAUUAAAAGUGCUCAAGAGGUCGAGUACAAGCCAGGAGAAACUCAUGAUGAAAAAAAUAGCCGGCUCAGUAGACCUAUGUCUCCCCAUCUUACUAUAUAUCAACCACAAUUAACAUCUAUGCUUUCUAUUACUCACCGUGGAACAGGUGUUGCACUAAGUUGUGUCACAGCAGGAUUUGGGGCAUUAUUCUUUUUCACUGAUAUCCCAACAAGUGUGGAGUACAUAAGAGGUUUAAACAUGCCAUUAGCAUGUCUUGUAUCUGCUAAAGCCUUAGUUGCUUUCCCAUUUUUCUAUCAUUACUGCAAUGGUAUUAGACAUUUGGUAUGGGAUGCAGGAAAAUGCCUAACCAUUAAACAAGUUUAUGCAACUGGAUAUGGAGUCAUAGCUGGUACCACACUUCUGACUAUACUUACUGUCAUUUUUAGUAAUUAAACGGUUUUAAGUAAUGUAAUUUAUUAUUACCGUAUGUUAAAUAAAAAUAUUACAUAUUAUUUGAUCUAUGAUGCUACUAAAUAGGUCACUAAUAUUUUUAAUAGUUAUACAAACAUAAGGCUUUUUUUAUUCAUUCAUGUUAUAAUUUGUAGUCAAUAGUCGUAUAAAAAAGACAGGUUUAUUAUGUAAACAAUUUAUACAUGUAGAAAACUAUUAAACGAAUAUUAGUUUAACACAAAA